AUGAAGUCUCAAGUCAAACUUCUGCUCAUCUGCCUGCUUUUCUCUAAAGCACUGUCAUUGAUUUGUUAUCACUGUCUGCCAUCCGGAUUGAGAAAUUGUAUCAAUGUUCAGAAAACCUGCUCCUAUCAAUGUCUUACUGCAACCACUGCCAUGUACUUGAGUCGAACAAAGCAUGUAGAUCAUAUAAGGACAUGUGGAACACUAAAAACAUGUGUAAGCGGAAGCCUCAACCUAGGAUUAAUAAAAGUGACUACAAAUGCUCAAUGUUGCAUCAGUGAUCUCUGCAACAGCCAAACAAUGUCAGUUUAUCCACAGCAGUCUCUCAAUGGAAGAAUUUGUUACAAUUGUGAGGGUAGCAGCUGCUCAGGCAAAGUGAACUGUACAGGAAGUGAAGAUCGCUGCAUCACUGCAUCAGAAUGCUCCCAAACCAGGCUACUCGCAAUCCAAGGUUCCACUGUAUAUAUAUGCAAGGAAGAGUGGCAAAGAAAAAAGCCAUUACUGAAAAAAAGCUGUAAGAAGUCCCAUUUGCAGUUCCACAUGGCUUGUCCCUUCUGGAGCACUUUCGUAGCCCUGCUUCACCUUCAUACCUCAAAUAUUACAAAAACAUCAACAAUGAAGUCCCAAGUCAAACUUCUACUUAUCUGCAUGCUUUUCUCUAAAGCGCUAUCAUUGACCUGUCAUCACUGUCUGCCAUCACAAUCGAAAAAAUGUAAUAAUCAGACAUACUGUCCCGAUCAAUGUCUCACUGCAACCACUGCUGUGUACUUAAGUGGAACAAAGCAUAUAUUUUAUAUAAAGACAUGUGGAACACUAAAAACAUGUGUAAGCGGAAGACUAAACCUGGGAAUAAUAAAAGUGACCACGAACGCUCAAUGUUGCACCAGUGAUCUCUGCAACAGUCAAACACUCUCAGUUCAUCCACAGCAGGCUCUCAGUGGGACAAUGUGUUACUCAGGCUCAGGCAAAGUGAACUGUACAGGAAGUGAAGAUCGCUGCAUCAUUGCAUCAGUCCAAAAAGGAGGCAAUACCAUGCCCAUGAAAGGUUGUGUGUCCAGUAACUUUUGCCAUGCACAUGGAUCAUCAAGCAUGCCAGCAUUUAACAUCUCAAACAUGCACUGUUGUGAAGGAAAUCUGUGUAACGGAGCUGAGAGCAUCACACUGAGUUUUCUCCUCAUAAGCUUCCUUCUGCUCUCUUGCAUCCUCUUCUGCUGAACUGAUACUGCUCAUUUAAAAGUUUUAUUAUUUGGAAGUGCAAAUCUAAUAUAAUAUAAUAAUUCU